AUGAAUAGGAGAGGAACGUAUCGUCACCAUUGUGGUGGUACGAUCAUUGGUUGGAGCUGGAUACUAACAGCUGCUCACUGUCUUACUGUCAAGUACGACAAUACCCAAUUCGAGGAUUUGACCGACUGGAUCGUUGUUGCGGGCACGUGUAGACUUGGGCCAACGGGAUCAUCGGAACCCGGAGCCCAAAAAAUUAAAAUCCAGGCCGCGUACGUGAGCCCUGAUUGGACGUAUGGGAAGUAUGGGAAUCGUGUCAAUGAUGUUGGGUUGUUAAAGUUAAUGCGACCCCUCAAGCCGAAUGGAAUCUCCAGAAUCUAUCUUUGGAAGACCCUACCAAUGGAAAACGUGCGGCAAGUGGAAAUCAUCGGGUGGGGUAACCUGUAUCCUGGAGGACCAACCACAGAUGUUUUGCGGGGCUACACCACCACACUCUACGAGCCAUGCUUUGAGGUAGAGGAGAAGAUGCUCUGCGUCGCCGGGAAAGGAAGAGUUGGGCCUUGCAAGGGCGAUUCUGGAGGCCCGUUACAUGUUGUUGUUGGCGGCACUGAUGAUCACCCGAACUUGAGUGUGGUUGGCCCAGUGAGCAAGGUCGUUGGAGGCACCCACCAACCGAUCGAAGAAUUCCCUUUUCUAGGGACGCUGCAAUCCUACAAACACUUCUGCGGCGCCUCUAUCAUUGAUGAGGAAUGGAUUCUGACCGCAGCGCAUUGUAUGGAGGGAGAAAAAAUCGAAAACCUGUUCAUCGCCGUCGGAACAAAUGGAUCUGACCGCAGCCAUACUUCACAAGCGCAAAAAGGCUACAUAUCCGAGGUAUUCGUCAACCCCGGAUACGUUGAGACGAAUGACGAAAUUUUGCUUCAUGAUCUGGCGCUGCUCAAGCUGACCCGUCCGCUCAACCUAAGCGGAAGUGUGCGGAAAAUAUCUUUAAGGAAGAAUUUGCUGCUUGAAGAUGGGGCCGAGAUGAAAAGCGCUGGGUGGGGCGCUUAUGAGCCGGACGCCAAACCCGAUCGACACCUUCGCCCAAUAUUGUUGCUCGGCUACACCGGAAAACUAGUGACGGGUCCGAAAUGUCCAGAAUCCGAAAAUACCUAUGAAAUUUGCUUUGACGGGGAGACGGAUAAGCAGGGACAUUGUGUAGGCGACUCCGGCAGCCCGAUCGCAUACUACGACAUUCCACUUCAAAACUACGUCCAGGUGACGUUGGUGAGCGCGAGUACCGGACCUGAUUGCCGACCAGAAACUACCAUGACCAAGGGCCCGGACCUCACCAACUACUGCGAUUGGUUCGAGAAGGCGCAAGCGGCUACGGGUUGCAAGGAUCGAAUCGUGGAAGCAGAUGGCCUCCCGCCCGCGAGCGGUAUCGUCGGCGGGGUUGAGAUAUCAGUGGAAGACUACCCGUUCAUCGUUUCCAUUGGACACCUCGACAGCGUCACGAAGAAAUUUGAGCACCAGUGCGGGGCUUCGAUCAUCGACCAAAGAUGGCUACUGACCGCCGGCCAUUGCCUACGAAGCUUAGGCGUGAACGGCGCGGUAGCUGGUUCUACCCACACAGGCGCACAUCCCGACAAAAACGCGCAGACCUUCGCUUUCGAAGAGAAGCAUACCCACCCAGACUACAUAGACGAAGACGGUUUUCCUCAAGACGACGUUGCGUUGAUUAAGUUGGCAAAGCCUAUUCAGUAUGGUCUACGUGUACAACCGCUGGUGCUAACCAGAAAAUUGGAAAUUGCAAAUGACACAAACAUCGUCAUUCUUGGGUGGGGCUUAACAAAAGCAGGAGGUCCUUUCACCUCUGAAAGCCUUUUGGGCUUUACCGGGAAAUUUGUACCGAGCUGCAGCUCAUCUUCUAAACUAUGCUUUGAUGGCGGAAACAAGGCCCGUGGGACUUGCGACGGGGAUUCAGGCAGCCCACUCGUGUACUGCAAUCGCCGCAUUAACAGAUUUGUGCAAGCUAGCUUGGUGAGCGAGGGAACCGGCCUAUGCGGAUCCAAGGACGAUGACACCAUCGGGCCGGCUGUCUCUCGCCAUUGCGAUUGGAUCGAGAAGACCAUCGACAAGAAGAUUUGCAUUACCGAA